CAUAAAACUUUAGUUAUUAUAUCAUCCUCUUUAUGUGUAAUCUUUUACAAGUAUCAUCACUUUUUUGUGUGUUUGGUCGCUUAGGGUUUUAAAUUGGUGUAGAAUAUACCCACUCCACAAUCUCUUAUAUAUAUUUUGGGAUAUCGAUCGAUCUUCUCCACACCCAUCAGUGCAAGAGAGAGAGAGAUGCCAGGCAACACUAUUAUAAGCCCAAUUUCAUACCAGGUUCUCACCAAUAUUCUUCUCACUCUUCUAUUCGUCUCAACGCUUCACACAGCCACAGCCGCCACCACUUCUUCUAGCCAAACCUACAGAACAUAUGUCAAAACAGCAUGCAAUUCAACCUCGUACCCACAAUUCUGCUACAAUUCCCUCUUCCCCUACGCCUCUGAAAUCGAACGAAGUUCUCGGAAGCUUUGCAAAACCGCCCUCUCCGUAACCAUAAAAGCCGCAAACAAAGCAUCCUCCGAAGUCCCAAAGCUAUUGAAACUGAGGAAAUUAACUCGUUUUGAAGCUGCGCUCAUUACGGACUGCGUCACGAACAUCAAAGACUCUAUUGACGAGCUUAAGCAAUCUCUGCAUGCCAUGGGCCAUUUAAACGGUUCGGAUAAGGAAUUCCAGAUGAGCAACAUCAAAACAUGGGUGAGUGCCGCCUUAACGGAUGAGAAUACAUGCAUGGAUGGGUUUGAUGAAGGCCAGAAGGUAAGCGCGACAGUGAAGAAGAAGAUCAGGAAUAGUAUUUUGAAAAUUGCCAUUCUGACUAGCAAUGCUUUGUCGCUCAUCGACAACCUCAAGUACUAGUUAAAUGCAACCCUUGUACUCUUCCUUCUCGGGUGGAAGUUUAUCUGGUGUCCCGACUCCCGGACUCAGAGAUCAAUGAAGAAGCAAGAGAUUAAUAUGUACAUCGUUCUAAAGUUAGUGCAAAAGAAAAAUGAUAUUUCAAAUAUUGUUAAAAUAAUGUUUCAAUAUUAAAUGAAAGAUAACUUUCUUACAAA